AUGGAGGCCAUUGUUGGCUUUGCACUGGGAGCUGUAGGAGGCUGCAUACUGGGGGCCACUGAGGGCCCAGUGGACAGAGCCCUGUCCCUUCUGACUGCAGCAGGGCCUCUGAAGCCUGUGAUGGAGGAGGUGAGGACUGUUGGGGCCCUGGGUCUGGGGACAUUGGUAGGAGCCACGGCUCUGAGCGUGGCAAUGACUUCAGUGGUGGCCGGUGUGAUCCUUGCUGCCCUUAUAGCUUCAAUGUUCAUGGCCUCUGGAACCUGCCUGCCCUCCCAUAUUGACUCUGCCAGUCUUUGGGUGUCUGCAGGACUUGCUGGGGCCAUCGGGACCACCAUCAGUGGAGCCACUCUGGGGGUCGCUAUCGAGUGGAUAGUGAAUGGGUUUGGCAUGGUGGGCCUGCUGUGGGCACUGAGCGUAUCCACGGCACUCAAACCACCACUUCACCUGGUGUUUAAGUCACUGUGGGGGAGUGGCGUCUGCUGCACCCUGGGGCCCACAGUCUGGACCAGAGAAAGGGGGCAGGACCAGAUCUCAGAAGCCCAGCAGAGACAGAGAGAGGUGGAGCGCAUGGAGCAGAGGAUCCUGAGUGUGGAGAGAGGGGGUGGAGCAGGGGCAGACCUCAAGAUGAAGUGGGCUGCUGAGCGCCAUCAGAGAGAGGAGAGAGAGAGGAAGAAGAGGGAGCAGGAGGAGGCGGAGACUGAGCAACGGACCAUCCAGGACUGGAUUAACACUGUGGUGGUCAAACAUGUGGACUUCCUAGCAUUCUCUGGAAUCCCAAUGACAGUGGUUGCUGCGGUAACAUCAGGGUUUGGAGUGUUUGGAUACGGUAGUCACCAGCUGGUGUUCAUAGUGCUCUUGGCUCUGGUGACAGUCUUUGCCUUCCUGCUAUUGAAGUCUUCAGACUUUAAGUUCUGGAUGCUGGUGGGCUGUAUGGGAAUGAUCGCCACCUUUGUCAUUGCCAUGCUCACGCUGCAUGCUGGUCAGGUGGUGGUUACCAAGGCAAUGAAGACGCAGGCAGCAGGGACGAAUCAGUCCAAAGAGAACAUCAGUAAUCGAAUGAACCUGCAGUCGGCAGUGGAGGCUCUGAAUGCCGGUGUGUUUGUGGCCAGGCUGUGUCAGUUGAGUCUUGGGGCCACAGUGGGCGGGGCUUUGGUGAGGCAGGCAGCAGGGGAGGUUAGGGUAAUAGUGGGAGCAGCCACUGUGGCGUGGGGGUUACUGACCGGGGCAGAGCUUUUAGGUCCAGUACUUGGGGUAGGGGGGAGGGCAGGGGCUCUACUGGGUGGGGUGGGAGCAGCAGGUGUUUCAGUGGGAGGUGUUGCAGCUUUGGCAGGGGCGUGGUCUUCAUGGUCAGGGACUUUGGGAACUGUGUCAGGGCUGGUCCUGGGGGCUCUGGGGCUGGGGCAGUGGCACCUGGUCAACAUCGGACUGCAGAUUCCUGCAGCGUAUGUGUUCGCUAUGACCAACCCAUUUUAA